AUGGUCGACCGCAGACGGACGGGCGCUGAUUACAUAUGGGACGUUCUGCUGAUCAUAGGCACGGCCGGCGCAGCAUGGUUUCUGACAAAGAACGUCCUAUCCACCCUCCAAAGUACCCUUGCCGACCCAGAUAAGGAGAAGCACGAGCAGGCCCGAAUCAAAGCCAAAGCAAAUCUUUCGAGGUUGCGAAAAGCAAGAUAUUAUGACGAAGGCGACGAGGAGGACGCGGCGACUGGCGAACAAAGGGGCCCACGGAUCGAAGAUCUGGUCCUGAACGAGUACGAGAACCUAGUUGCGCUAGAAGUUGUUGCUCCGGAAGACAUACCAGUCGGAUUUGAUGAUAUUGGUGGCUUAGAGGACAUAAUAGAAGAAGUGAAGGAGUCGGUGAUAUACCCUUUGACGAUGCCACAUUUGUACUCCCAUGCGGCACCUCUGUUAGCCGCACCAUCCGGUGUAUUACUCUACGGUCCUCCUGGAUGCGGCAAGACGAUGUUGGCCAAAGCGGUUGCACACGAGAGCGGCGCAUCUUUCAUCAACUUACACAUCUCGACGUUGACUGAAAAGUGGUAUGGAGACUCCAACAAACUGGUCCGAGCAGUGUUUUCCUUGGCUCGGAAGCUGCAACCUGCUAUUAUCUUCAUAGAUGAGAUUGAUGCAGUGCUGGGAACCAGACGGAGCGGCGAGCACGAGGCAAGCGGUAUGGUCAAGGCCGAGUUCAUGACGCUCUGGGAUGGCCUCACUUCAGCUAAUAUGCAUGGCUUACCUGCGCGUAUCAUGGUUCUCGGAGCGACUAAUCGUAUCAACGACAUUGAUGAAGCGAUUCUACGCCGAAUGCCGAAGAAGUUCCCUGUAUCAUUACCAGAUAAAAGCCAGCGGUUACGUAUACUUCAGCUCAUCCUGAAGGACACCAAAACCGACCCGAACAAGUUCAACAUCGACUAUGUUGCCAGAGUCACAGCUGGCAUGUCAGGAAGCGACAUCAAAGAAGCCUGCCGCGAUGCCGCCAUGGUGCCGGUUCGCGAGUUCAUCCGUGAACACAAAGCCAGGGGGAGUUCUAUGUCAAGUAUCGACCCUAGUAUGGUACGAGGCAUGCGAACGGAAGACUUCUUCGGGCGGAAAGGUGCUGGGCAGAUCCUAAUGGACAAUCAUGCACGGGCAAAGUCCUCCAGUGAUGAGUACGAAGACAUUGAUGAUGAGGAGUUUGCUGCUGAGACUUCAGCUGCAGGUGUGAAGGAUGAUGAACAAGCAGCAUGA